UACUUGGAAAAAUGGUCAACGUUAAUCAGACAGCUCUAAGUCAUCAUGUUCAAACUCAAUGGCACAAUCUUCAUGCCCCAGUUGCUGACACUGAUUGGGAUCCCUGGCUUGGAGUCUAUUCAGUUCUGGAUUGGAAUUCCUUUCUGUGCCAUGUACAUCAUUGCCAUCUUUGGGAAUUCCCUGCUUCUUGUCAUCAUCAAAACUGAACGCCGUCUCCAGGAGCCCAUGUAUCUCUUCUUGGCAAUGCUUGGAGCAACAGACAUUGCUCUCAGUACAUGCAUCCUACCCAAAAUGCUAGGUAUAUUCUGGUUCCACUUACAAGAGAUAUAUUUUGAAGCCUGUCUCUUGCAGAUGUGGCUUAUUCACACAUUGCAGUGUAUUGAGUCAGGUAUUCUGCUGGCCAUGGCCCUGGACCGCUAUGUGGCAAUCUGUGACCCCCUGAGACAUGCAACCAUUUUUACCCACCAACUUCUCACUCAGAUCGGGGUUGCGGUGACACUUAGAGCUGCCCUCCUUGUAGCUCCAUGUCUCAUCCUCAUCAAAUGCCGCCUGAAAUUCUACAGGACCACUGUGGUCUCCCACACAUACUGUGAGCACAUGGCCAUUGUAAAAUUGGCAAUAGAAGAUGUUCACGUCAACAAGAUCUAUGGUCUGUUUGUGGCUUUCAGCACACUAGGAUUUGACAUCAUCUUUAUCACACUCUCCUACAUUCAAAUAUUUAAAACUGUCUUCAACCUGCCUCAAAAGGAAGCAAGGCUCAAAGCCUUUAAUACCUGCAUUGCCCACAUUUGUGUCUUCCUAGAAUUUUAUUUCUUGGCUUUCUUCUCCUUCUUUACACACAGGUUUGGGUUCCACAUCCCAUCCUACAUUCAUAUUCUUCUGUCCAACCUUUAUCUUCUUGUCCCACCUUUGCUCAAUCCUAUAGUUUAUGGGAUAAAGACCAAACAGAUUCGAGAUCGAGUGUUCAAGAUUUUGUACUCUAAGGACGCUUCUUGA